UUUCUGCUGCAUGUACCUUAUUUCCAUCCUAGGCAAUAGCACGGUUCUCUUGGUCAUCAAGGCAGAGCGCAGCCUCCACAAGCCCAUGUACCUCUUCCUGUCCAUGUUGGCUGUGGCAGAGCUUGGGGUGUCUCUGUCUACGCUCCCCACGGUGCUGAGCGUGCUGCUCUUUGAUUCACGGGAGAUCGGGUUUGAUGCCUGCCUCACUCAGAUGUUCUUCAUUCACUGCUUUUCCAUCAUGGACUCAGGGGUGCUGUGGGCCAUGGCCUUUGACCGCUUCGUGGCCAUCUACAGCCCCCUGCAAUACGCGUCUGUCCUGACCAACCCACGGAUAGGCCUCAUUGGGCUGGGGCUCACCGUGAGGAGUGUGAGCAUCUUGAUUCCCUUGCCGAUACUUCUGAGGAGGCUGCCAUUCUGCAGAUCCCAUGUGCUGGCUCACUCCUUCUGUCUGCACCCCAACUUAAUCCAGCUGCCAUGUGCACACGUCGAGGUGAACAGCAUGUACGGCUUAUUUGCCCUGCUGGCCACAUUUGGGCUCGACUCCCUGUCUAUUGUGCUGUCUUAUGUCAUGAUCAUUAAGACUGUGCUGAGCAUUGCAUCCAAGAGAGAGCGCCUCAAGGCCCUAAACACCUGCGUCUCUCAUAUCUGUGCUGUGCUGAUUUAUUACAUCCCGAUGAUUGGCUUAUCCAUGGUGUACAGGUUUGGGAAACAUGCGUCUCCUCUGAUCCAUGUCCUCAUGGCCAAUAUCUACCUUCUUGUCCCCCCUGUGUUAAACCCCAUCAUUUACAGUGUGAAAACUAAACCGAUCCGCAGAGGUAUAUGCAAACUACUAACUCCAAAGUGGCACUGAUAUAAUACACAGCAUAUCCAAGAGAUUUUGCACGU